CUUGAGAAACGAAGUAAAAUGUUCGUCGCCCUUGAAAAGUCGGCUGCUGGAAGAGUUUCCGAAGCACAUCGGAAUAAGAAAUAAUGGCGUUCAUACUGGGCUCAAUUCUCCGCUACCAAGCCAUUCUCUUCGCAUCUCACGCGCUCUUCCAUGGCGUAGCCGACAUGCGCGCUGCCCGCGGAGAUGCCGUUGGCGCUGCCCGGGCCCGGUCCAUUGCCCGAGCCUUGGACCGGGCGUCUGGCCUGGGUUUGUGGGGCCUUGCCACAAACCCCGGCGCGUUGGUGGAAGCAUUUGAGGCUAUAAAGAGAGAAGUGCUUGGGGGAGGAGAUUUGGUGAAGGAUUUGGUGCUGUUGGGUGGGAGUGUAGCCGUGAACAUUUACUUGAAAAAUGACAAGUGGACAUCGAACACUAAGGGGCUGUUUGUUUCAGCCUCUUAAUGGUUCAGAUGUUUGAAUGGUUCAGCACUUAAUGGUUCAGACUGUUUGUUUCAGCCUCUUAAUGGUUCAGAUGUCUGAAUGGUUAAGAGAUUUGCCUCUGAAUGGUUAAGUAUUAUACAGAGUCUGAAUGGUUAAGACCUCUUAUCUGAAUUGAUCAGACAUUUGCCUCUGAAUAGUUAAGCAAUAUACUAGCUCUUAAUGG